CCAUUGUCAAUUUUCCAUGAUUAAAUUCUGGUUAGUUAUUAUUGGACUUUUCACUUAUAAACAAGCAUAAUGAAGACUUUUGGUGUAAUAUUGUUGUCAUGUUUUGCUCUAACUUUGCUAAUUGAUGUUACAAAUGGCUCAAACAGUUUCACUAUUGACUAUGAAAAUGACCGCUUUCUCAUGGAUGGCUUACCAUUCCGUUAUAUCGGUGGAGAGAUUCAUUAUUUUAGGGUUCCUCAAGAAUACUGGUUUGAUCGUUUAUUCAAAAUGAAAUCAGCCGGUAUAAAUGUGCUACAAACGUAUAUUGAAUGGUCUGGCCACGAACCAAGAGAAGGUGUUUACAAAUUUGACGGUAAUUACAAUGUUACUCGAUGGAUUGAAGAAGCUCAAAAGGCUGGUCUUUACGUUCUUUUGCGUGUUGGACCUUACAUUUGCUCUGAGCGAGACAUGGGAGGAUUACCUUGGUGGCUAAUGAAAUAUGAUUUACAAUUACGACGAAACAAUGAUAUCUACAUGAAAUAUGUGAAACAAUGGUUUUCUGUGUUGUUACCCAUGAUUAAACCAUAUCUUUAUCAAAAUGGUGGACCCAUUAUUAUGGUACAAUUGGAGAAUGAAUACGGUUAUUACAGUGCUUGUGAUAACAGUUACAUGUCAAGCUUACGAGACAUUGUUCGUUCACAUUUGGGUGACGAGAUUAUCUUGUAUACAACAGAUAAUCCAGGUUUAUUGGCUUGUGGACUGGUUGAUGAUGUUUUUGCUACAAUUGAUUUUGGAACCAACACUCAACCCGAUGAUCAAUUCAAAACACUUCGGGCUCACAGAGCCUCUGGUCCAUUGGUUAACUCAGAGUUUUGGAUUGGGAAUAUCGAUACCUGGGGAACUCAACACUUAACCAAACCUGUAGAUGAAGUUACCAAAUGGCUGGAUGUUUUAUUGUCUUAUGAUAAAAAUAUGUCUUUAAGCAUGUACAUGUUUCACGGAGGAACUUCAUUUGGAUUCGGAAGUGGUGCUAAUAAUGGAGGUUAUCUACCAAGACCAACCACUUAUGAUGUCGAUGCAUUAUUAGAUGAAGCCGGUGAUCCAACUGAGAAGUAUCGAGCUGUUAAAAACGUCAUUUCAAAGUAUGCACCUGUCUCUAAAGACGACAUUGAACCAAGUCCUAAACUGUCGAUUGGACCGAUCGACGCUAAACUGGAAAUGGAUUUCACUCAACUCUUUUCACAGCAAUUUUGGAAGAAGGUUGACUCUGAUUCGCCUCAACCAUUUGAAUACCUUGGAUCUCGUAAUGGACUGAUCCUUUAUUCAACUACAAUUGACUUCAAGUCUACAUCUCCUUCAAUGUUAACCAUUAAUGCAUUAAGAGAUCGUGCUUAUGUUUACAUAGAUAAAGUAUUUCAAGGAGUUGUAAGUCGCCAAGAAAAGAGUUUAGCAAUUCCAAUCAGAGCUGAAAAAGGAAGUCGCUUGGAUUUGAUUGUUGAAAAUCAGGGGAGAACUUACUUUGGAGAUGAAAUAAGUCAACAUAAGGGAAUCUUUGGAAGUGUUACACUUGGAUCAAAAACAUUAACCAAAUGGUCUCAUUACUUUAUUGAUGAUUGGGAAGAUUUUACAUCUUUAUUGAAAUUUGAUGCAAACGUGCCUAAACAACACAGUGGACAUAAUUCAAAGAAUGCUUUGCAUCCAGCAAUUUUAAAAGCUGAAUUUGUUGUACCAUUUACAAAGACGUAUGACACUUAUUUCAAUCCAACCAAUUUAUCCAAAGGCUUUGCAUAUCUUAAUGGGAAAUGUCUUGGAAGAUAUUGGCCAACAAAUGGUCCUCAAAUCACACUUUAUACACCAGGAGUGUGGUUAAAACCGAGCCCUCAAGUCAAUCAGUUGAUUUUGGUUGAACUAGAAGAUCCACCGUGUUUAAUCAGCAACGGAACUUGUCAACUAACUUUUGAUGAUCAUCCAACUCUAAACGGAGAGACUCCAGUAAACUGGUGAACAGAUGCAAUCAAUAAACCAUAUUAUUAAGUUUUAACACCAUUCUUAAGUGACUUUGAAUCUUAUUGUAAAGAAAUAUUACAUUUAUGAUUAUUAGAAA